CCCAAUCUCUAUCACCAGAUGCCUCUGUCAACUGCUGUCCUCACACUGCUGCUGGGGACAUCUGCUUCUACAGAGGACAGCUCACUAUGGACAUGGUGAAAAUCCAACCUCAGCCCUGUGAACCCUGCAGCUGAGAGCCAGGUCCCCUCUGUCUUGUGUGUCCUGUGUCCAGCAGAGGAUGAGCCAUGGGUCGCCCGGAACUGGAAGCAGCCAGCUUCUCUCUGGCCAUGCUGGGCUGGCUAGUGGCCAUUAUCAGCUGUGGCCUGCCCUUGUGGCGAGUGAAGAAGGUUUCUGAAGAGACCAACAUUUUGGAAGGCCUGUGGAACCUGUGCGAGGCUGAGGGAGUCAAGAGCCUGAGGUGUAUGUCGUACAACACUCGCCCGGUACAGCCCCAGGACCUGCAGGUGUCUGGCGUUCUGGUGGUCAUCUGCAUCGUCAUCACCUGGCUGGGUUUGCUGCUGUACAUGAUCGGGGAUGAACGCAUCGGAUGUGUGGCAAAUAUGUACAAUGAAGAAAAGAUCAUGAUAGCGGCUAGUGGGUUGUUCCUGGGGGUUGGUCUGCUGCUGCUGGUGUCUGUGUCCUGGGUCACACACAAUGUCCUGCUUGGCAUAGCCAACCCUCAGAUACUGUCCCCAUGGAAACCAGAGAUGGGAGCCUCACUCUACCUGGGCUGGCUCAGCUCCCUGCUGCUUCUGCUGGGUGGGGCCCUUCUGGGAGGAGCCCACCUGUGCUGCCCGCCCCCAAAUAAUGACAACCACAAAGGGUCCUUUAGAGGGCUCCAACCAUGAACAGAGCAGUCUUUCUGAGGGUUCCAGGGAAGGGUUCUCCUCAGACAUCAGCAAUGCAUAAGGUAGGCCAGUCACUCCAUAUUUUGGGUUUGUUCAUCUGUAGACAGCCCAGACCACUUGUGACUUAUUCUGUAGCUUUUUCCUCUGACUGAAAAGCCUUUGGCCUGAUGGAAGAAGGAGAACCGGGAAGCUCCAAGCCUCCAGUGCCCUCCUCAGCCUCAGGGAACUGCUGCUGGGGAUACAAGGGGAGAGAAAACUCCUCCAUGGACCUGGCUGCAAACUGGUCCAGGGGACCUCCUGGAUGCAGCUGUCAUGAAUCAGCACAAUGUUGUGGUGCAUUUCCUGUGGAUGCAGCUGAUGAGUCACCCAUGAACAUGGGACCCCAAUAAAGUCACUGGUCCUCUAA